CCCACCUAUCUUGAGGGCAGGGCCCCGUCUCGUGGCCUCCAAUAAUCUGGUCAUGGCUGCAGCUCUCUUCAUUCACUCCUAUGGGAAUAAGCAAGGUGAAUAUAGAGAACCACUAUGAUUUCCAGGAUAUCGCUAGCGUUGUGGCCUUAACACAGACCUAUGCCACCACUGAACCUUUCAUAGACUCUAAAUAUGACAUCCGGAUUCAGAAGAUAGGAAAUAACUACAAGGCAUACAUGAGAACCUCCAUAUCAGGUAACUGGAAGACUAACACUGGGUCUGCAAUGUUAGAACAAGUGGCAAUGUCAGAUAGGUACAAGUUGUGGGUGGACACAUGUUCAGAAAUUUUUGGUGGCCUUGACAUCUGUGCUGUGAAGGUUGUGCAUGGGAAAGAUGGAAAAGACUAUAUAAUAGAGGGAGCUCAGAAAGCUGAUAAGAAUGGAUGAAUCACGGUUACAGAAAAGCAGGCGGCACCUAUGAUGUUUAGAAUCAGUGUAGAGGCAGUUGUCAGGGUCAAGAGCUCAGCUAUGCUCUGACACACCCAUUUCCUGUGACCCGUCUUCUCAGUUUCUGUUAUCAGGGAUGGCUCUUGCCUGACAACAGGCAGGCAGUGGACUGCAAGUUAGGUGGAAGUGAGACCCCUGGUGGCCAUGACUUUACAGCUUUUUUUUUUCUGGUGGAUGCAGACAGAUUCUUGAAAUUAAGUCAUUUAGAAAUUUGCUAAUUACACCAUUCUCUAUUAAAUGAAAUGAAAUUGUGUGAAAGUAUAGUGACUCUUAAGGCCUACUACAUCUGUCUUUAUUAAAGGUUUCCAACCUGAUGUUUUUAGCUAACUAUAGAGUGAUAUUGAAGAAUCUAGUACACAUGUAAUGGGUGCCCUGUUCUUAUGGUGCAGCGUUA